AUUCAAUUCGGUGGGGACUUACGCGCAAUUUGCAAAGAAGUCUGGUUUUUUCCAGAAUCCAAACAAAGGCAGAGUAAUUUUCGAAACCCCGUUUACUGUCAUUCCAAGCUUGGUCAUCAUAAUUUGGCAGAAGCAAACAUUAGCAAAAUGGUCCAUUUCUCACUGCGCGCGUGAUUCCCACUCUCCGCAAUCCAGUUCACCGGUCACCGGAGGCGGUGCCUUUAACAUCCCCUCUAAGGGCCACUCCGAGUCCUCGAUCCGUUGACUGGAGCCAUCAAUGUCUUAAGCUCUCUCUCUUCAGCUUCAAUUUUCUACCUUUUUCUCUCACCGUGUCUCUGUCACUCCCAAACUAGCCGCUGAGGUCUUUAUGAAACCCUAGCUAGGGGUUUACAUAAUUGGGACCCGAUUGUGAAAGAAUUUGCUUCUCCGUGUUAUCAAAUAGUGUUUUUCAAUUAAUACCUCUAACUGGUUUCAAGUAUUUAAAGGAAGAUCAUAUGAAAUCUUCGGGGUUUAAGGUUUUUGUGAUAUCUUUGAUUCUAUGCACUGCCUUGCAUUUCUCUCAUGGCGAGGAGGCGAAGAAAAAUAAGUUCCGGGAACGAGAAGCCAGUGACGAUGCCCUUGGCUAUCCAAACGUAGAUGAGGAUUCCUUGUUGAAUUCGAAUUGCCCUAAGAAUUUGGAGCUAAGAUGGCAAACUGAAGUUAGUUCUAGUAUUUAUGCUACGCCCCUGAUCUCCGAUAUUAACAGUGAUGGGAAGCUCGAUAUAGUUGUACCCUCUUUUGUUCAUUACCUGGAAGUUCUGGAGGGUUCUGAUGGAGACAAACUGCCAGGUUGGCCUGCUUUCCACCAGUCAACUGUGCAUGCCAGUCCUAUACUAUAUGACAUUGACAAGGAUGGUGUAAGAGAAAUUGCUUUGGCAACUUACAACGGUGAAGUAGUCUUUUUCAGGGUGUCAGGCUACAUGAUGGUAGACAAACUAAUAGUACCUCGUAGGAAGAUAAAGAAGAACUGGUAUGUGGGUUUGCAUCAAGAUCCAGCGGAUCGUUCGCAGCCAGAUGUUCAGGAUGACCAACUCAUCCAGGACGCUGCUAAUGCGAAAUCAAAACUUCAAACAAGUGGAAACACUCAUGACUCUAACACUUCAGCGGGAAAUCACUCUGGCGUGGUGAAUGCAUCAAUUGUAGAGAAUCAGGGAGAAGCAAAUGGAAGUCAAAUAGGAGCAGGCAUCAAGCUACCUGAGAGUGCAGGUAAUUCUUCUGCAGGAACUGUUCAUGCAGAUCAUGGAGUAAGCACUGGAAGACGGCUUCUUGAAGAUAAAAACUCAGAAUCGAAGGAAGGUGGUUCUGAAUCCCAGGGCAGUAGCAAUGAGGAUGUACCUUCUGCAAAUCUGCAGAAUGAGGAAGCUUUGGAAGCAGAUGCAGAUGCAUCUUUUGAGCUUUUACGCGAUAGUGAUGAACUGGCUGAUGAAUACAGUUAUGACUAUGAUGAUUACGUAGAUGAUUCUAUGUGGGGAGAUGAGGAUUGGACUGAAGUGCAACACGAGAAAUUGGAAGAUUUUGUGAAUGUUGACUCUCACAUCUUGUGCACUCCUGUCAUAGCAGAUAUUGACAAAGAUGGGGUAUCAGAAAUGGUUGUUGCCGUUUCUUACUUUUUUGAUCAUGAGUACUAUGGAAACUCAGAGCACUUGAAGGACUUGGGUGACAUUGACAUCGGAAAAUAUGUGGCUGGGUCAAUUGUUGUUUUCAAUCUUGAUACAAAACAAGUAAAGUGGACAUCUGAACUAGAUCUGAGUACUGAUACUGGAGACUUCCGUGCCUUUAUAUAUUCUUCUCCAACUGUUGUUGAUUUGGAUGGCGAUGGGUAUAUGGACAUUCUUGUUGGAACUUCGUUUGGCUUAUUUUAUGUCUUGGAUCACAAGGGAAAUGUAAGGCCUAAAUUUCCUCUUGAAAUGGCUGAAAUUCAAGGAGCGGUUGUAGCAGCCGAUAUUAAUGAUGAUGGAAAAAUUGAAUUAGUGACUACUGAUACGCAUGGAAAUGUUGCUGCGUGGACGGCACAAGGAGAUGAGAUUUGGGAAAAGCAUCUUAAGAGUAUGGUUCCACAGGCUCCAACUAUAGGCGAUGUUGAUGGAGAUGGCCAUACUGAUGUUGUGGUUCCAACAAUAUCAGGGAACAUUUAUGUUCUCAGUGGUAAGGAUGGAUCAUAUGUUCGUCCUUAUCCAUAUAGAACUCAAGGGAGAGUAAUGAGUCGGGUUCUUCUUGUUAAUUUGAACAAACGUGGCGAGAACAAGAAGGGACUCACUCUUGUCACAACGUCAUUUGAUGGUUAUCUAUACCUGAUAGAUGGAGCAACAUCAUGUGUGGAUGUUGUUGAUAUUGGUGAAACUUCAUAUAGCAUGGUUUUGGCAGACAAUGUUGAUGGUGGAGAUGAUCUUGAUCUAAUUGUGACAACCAUGAAUGGCAAUGUCUUUUGUUUCUCAACUCCUGCUCCUCACCAUCCGUUGAAUGCAUGGAGAUCACCUAAUCAAGGAAGAAAUAAUGUGGCAAAUCGGUACAAGCGUGAAGGUAUCUUUGUUUCACAUUCAUCAAGAGGUUUCCGUGAUGAGGAAGGCAAGAGCUUCUGGGUGGACAUCGAGAUAGUAGAUGAAUAUAGAUUCCCAUCUGGGACCCAAGCACCAUAUAAUGUCACAACCACCUUGUUUGUUCCUGGUAAUUACCAAGGGGAGAGAAGGAUAACGCAAAACCAGAUUAUAAAUCGUCCUGGAACACAUCGAAUAAAGCUCCCAACUGUUGGGGUAAGGACUACAGGGACUGUUAUGGUGGAGAUGGUUGACAAGAAUGGACUCUAUUUCACAGAUGAUUUCUCCCUCACAUUCCAUAUGUAUUACUAUAGAUUGUUGAAGUGGCUCCUUGUGCUCCCAAUGCUUGGGAUGUUUGGCGUGCUUGUCAUUCUUCGCCCACAGGAGGCCAUGCCUUUGCCAUCGUUCUCAAGAAACACUGACUAAUGUUUGCUCAACUGAUGUUAAACCCGACAAUCAUGGAAUCUGAGAAAUCUGCAAUCCAACCAAGGACAAAAGCAUGGUGAGAAAAUAUUGCCAUUUUUAUCAUCGUGGAUGAAUCUUUAUUGGCCCAAAAGUAUAGUAGGGACAAGCUGAAUUUGAGAUUUAGGUGAUAGAUAGUCGGAAGUUGUAACAUAGACGAAUUUGAGUUAUAAACCAUGAAUUCAAGUCCCAAAUGGUUUCUUGGUUCA